UACACGGCCUUGACCUUGUAGUAGACAAGGACGCAGGCUUGACAGUAUGACAACCGUCUUCGUCAAAGGCGGGAGGAUAUUGUCUGUUCUUCGUUCAGCAUACUGUCGUCCGGGGAAGAUGAGCGUUCACCAGAUUGCCGAGACAGGUUACUUGAAGGGCGACCACUACGAUGCCAACCGGCCGACAUACACCUUGGAGACUAUUGACCUCAUUGCAAGGGAGUUAACUCAAGUUGAAAAUAUCAAAAAUACCAAAGGGAUACAGUAUGAAGUGCUUGAGCUUGGUGCCGGAACUGGGAUCUUCACGAGAAAAAUAUUUGAAAAACUGCCGCAGGGCACCCGUUACCUAGCAACAGAGCCAUCGGAUUCUUUCCUCGAGACACUCAAAGGUUUGUCUCCGAACCUUGAUGCCAAGAAUUGCGCGGCAGACAGUAUACCACUGCCGGACAACUCAGUGAAGGCGGUUCUAUGUGCCCAGUGCUUUCAUUGGUUCUCCACCAAAGCGGCUCUCGAUGAGAUGAGGAGAGUCAUGGUGGAUCAAGGGAAACUCGUGUUGGUAUGGAACAUGCGGGACGUCUCAGUGCCGUGGGUGAAGCAGAUUGAGGGGAUUUUGGCCACAGCUGCCGGAGAGGGAGCGGACAAGCUGCCCACGACCUUCAACUGGAGGAAGGUCUUCCAGGGGUAUUCCGGUUUCAGGAACGAGGCUCAUCAGCAAAAAGAAGGAACUCCGUUAGAGGGAACAGUGGAGGCAAUCCGCAACUAUUACUCAACAUUCAGUAUGAUAUGCGCCCUGGAGGAAGAGGAACAACGCCAGACUCUCGCCAAAAUCCGUGACAUCCUGGAACAGAACGUUGCUGGGAAGGAUAUCGGGAAGUACCCCUUUAACACCGAGAUUUUCACGUACAUCUGCAACAAGUCGUAAUGACAGCAUGCGGAAUGAUUGAAUGAGGCAUACACCGUAGUGACAGCUUUCAAUGACAAUUAUACAGACGAUGAAUUAUUAAUGUUCUGGUUGACAACAAGAGUUUGACGUUAAUUUAUGAAGCUGCCUGUCGAAUAUAUUGAAUGACUUAAAUGAA